AACCCAAAUCUCGUGAGCUAUUUAUCCUGCCAAACCUACAUCUCCGCCUCUACCGUGCACUCAUUUUCUCAAAUCCGAUCCCCGCUUCCCACCGCUCCUCUCAAUCUUUCAUAUACAGUUCACUGUGUUAUGAUGGAGCCCAGUCCGCCCAACCCGACUCCUGCUCCCGCUCCCGCUCCCGUUCGUGAAUCGUCGAGCCUCCCAUUUCCGCAAACAGGCAAACUGCUCCCUUCUAUGAUUCACGAAACGACACCACCCUCUGCUCUUCUUUAAGUCGCGAACAGGUAGCAGUUCCGUGGUGGUGCGUGUGGUUCAAACGAGAAGAAAGUUGUUACAAGAACUGCAAUGUUUCACUAUUCAAGCAGUCGAAACCACAGGUCCAAAGGCUCCAACGUGAAGAAGAUACUUCAAGUGACCGUGCUUCUUGCUGUUGCUUGUUGGCUGCUAUACCAAGUUAAGCAUUCUCGCGAGAAAAAGAUUGAAUUUGCUGGAAAUGAUGAACGAAAGCUCAGCGAUGGAGGCGAAGAAGUCUCUCUGGGCCGUAAGGGUGAUGCUGGUUCUGAAAAUGUCAUCAUCAUAGACACCAGUUCUCAGGGUUCUGACGAAAGCACUGAAAUCAAGCAAGAUGAAGCUAAGCAGGAUUCUUCUGAUUCAAAUACUGAAGAAAAGUCUAAGAAGAUUUCUCACAAUCCUGAACUCGAUGAUUCUAAAGAAAGUAAUUCGAUUAAUGGGGAGAAAGAAAGUUCACUAGAGGAACAUUCUGAUUCUCAUAAUGGAGCGGAAACUCUUCAUUUGCCAAAUGAGAGGGAGAGAGAAAACUCUUCUGACCAAAACGAGAAUAGUAAUGAAGGUGAAGAGACCCCUUCAGUCUCUACUGGAAAGGAGAAUGAACAAGAAAAUGGUGAAGCAAGACAUCAAGAGGCGGUGUCAGUGGAUGAUAAAGAUAUAAAGUCUCUUUCUGAAACUACUGAUGAUAAUAAGACUGUUCUUGUCGAUGGCGGAGCAGGUUCUGAUGACGCUCAUGUUAGUUCAACACAAGAUGAUGCAAAAUCAACUAAUGAUCAGGUUACUGAUGCGUUUAACAGUGAUACUUCUCUUCAUAAUGAUAAUGAGGCUUCUAAAGAGGGAGAGGUUGAACCUCAACUUGGAAAUGCUUCUGAAGUUGAGAAUUCUGAUAAAAACUCUUCAGGAGAAAUGAAGAUCGAUGGCGAUUCUGAUAAAGAGAUUGAAAUUUUAUCGAAUUUCAGUGACACUUCAAAUGAUGUCUCUUUUGGUUCCCAAUCAGAUAAAAUUUCUGACCCCGAGGGACUGAUUCCAAAAGAAAUUUCAUCAGAAGCUAAUAAUAACGCGGUUGCAGAACUGCAAGAAAACAAUGAGGAUGCUAAGGUGGAGACUGAUUCUGAAAAUAAUUCCCAUGAAUCUAUUGAAGAAAAAGGGAAAUCUUCUGAAGCUAUUGAGCAAAGAGGUUCUGAAGAUCAAAACAAAGAGAUUACACACGCUGAUGCUGGCGAGGCCAGUGAAAAUAAAAAGGGAAACUCUGAUGAUUUGACUGGUUCUGAUCCGGUUAUUGAAAUAGCAGCAACUGGGAAUGAAGUUCAUACAGUUAAGGAAGAAGGGAAUGAUGCUGCAUCAGAUGAUAAAGCCAUGAAAUCAUCUGAAGUCAAUGAGAUCAUAAAUUCAGACGAUUCUACCAACGAGGUUCCGGCAGUGGAGGCUGUUCAAGUUGAGGGAGGCAAUAACUUUGAAGCUGAGAGCACCAUUAAUAACAACACUGAGAACUCAAACGCAGAGGGAGAGGCUUCGGAAGAGAAGACAGUUCAGUAGGAUGCUGGAAAAUUGCAGCGAGUGGAAUUUGAAGCUCUGAAGCUGUGUAAUCUCUUCUGUUUCCCUGUUCUUCAGUGUUGAAAGCACUUUGGUCAGCCUAUUACCAGGUUUACUGUUUCAGAAAUUAUCAUUAGAAUUUAGCCAUAGUUUUCUCUGUGUACUGCUUAUAUGAUGAAUUUUUCUCCCUUCUGUUGCCUUGAGAGAUGUAUAUUUGGUGUUGGUGAGCCCCAAAAGUCGCAAAUUUGCUGCUGGAUGGGAAGGAUAAUACAACCCUGAGAUUAUUUUGUUUAAUUUCUGAUUCCGCUUUAUCA